AUGAUGUUCUCAUUUCAAACGGGGAACUCAUCUCCUCAGGCGCCGAGGCAGAAGCGCGCUAAGAUCAGCAUUGCGUGUAACGUCUGCAAGGCGAGAAAGACGAAAUGCGACGGUGCUAGGCCAAUCGAGAAUCCAGAUCCAAGCCGAGACAGUGUCGUGAUAAACAGCGACCAAGAACAGCCAAGAAGUAAAGCCCAACAAAUAACGAGGCGCCCUCGAAAUGACGAGGAUGACAAUCCUAGUCUGUACAGUGAAAUCAUACCCAGCGGCAGCCUUUUUGGUGCAUCUAGUGGAGCGCACGUUUUGCAUAAAGUUGGGAAUGCGGUAGAACGAAACAACAGUUUGGCAAACAAGAGGCAGAAAACGAACCGCGUUCUGCAACAACCGCCCAAAGAGUUACCAAAGUUGCAGAAACAGGACUCUCAGAAGCAGCCCUCUGAAAUCCAAUUUGUCAUUCCUACACGAAAAGUAGCGGACCAGUUGCUCAAUUAUUAUUGGGAUUAUGUGGAUAGUGCCUACCCCUGGCUUGACAGAUCCGCAAUUGAAACCGCAUACGAGGCAUUAUGGAUUAAAGAUGGACAGCUGUCCAUGAACGAGAGAGCAUUGCAUUGCAUCCUCAAUCUUAUAUUCGCCAUAUCUUGUGUCGCUUCCCAGGGACAACCACACCUCUCCCGGUACCAAUCAUCGUUCGAAUUCUUCGACAGAGCUCAAGGAUUGAUGUCUUACGAGCUUAUGGAUAUUUACAACUUUGAAAUUAUUCAAAUUCUCCUGCUCACUGCAGUGUAUCUGCAACAUGAAAAGAUGCCCCAAAAAUGCUUUCAGAAUAUUAGCACGGCAAUUCAUAUCGCACAGGAACUAGGGUUGCACAUUCCUGAAACAAUUGAAGCCAUUAAGGACUCUGGUGAGCGGGAUCUUGCGCGACAAGUUUGGAAUGGAUGUGUUAUCAUGGACAGAAUUGCUUCAAUGACUUUUGGCUGCGGUCUUAAAGUUCCGCAGUCAGUUGCAAAACAAGGAUUAAAUUCUUUAGUGGCCAACUCAACUGUCCGUGGCACUGGAACUCUGGAUUUGCCCUCGAAAAUGAACUUCUACAUAUCAUUUUGCCGACUUCAUCACAUCAUUGGAGAAGUCUUUGAAACCUUCUAUAUAUCCAACGAUUUGAAAUCAGUCCCUCAUUCUAGCAGCGGUGGAGCCAAACUGAAGUCGAAUCCAUCGACCAGUUUCGACCAAUUUUCAAGCCUGUUCAGGAUCGAGUCGGACUUGAACGAUUGGGCAGGAAGCCUUCACCCUUUCUUUCGAAUGCCAUCAGAUCUUCAAGACCCAACACCAACGAAACAUAUCACUCGUGAAGCAAACGUUUUGCGCGCCAGGCCCUUCCUUUUGCAGAUACAUAGUCCACAGAUGAGAAAUGCUCCCGAGUCGAGUCUGUAUAUGGACGAUCAGAUUAUUCAACAUGUGGUGUCUCAGUGUCAAAUUCAAUGCACUAAAGCUGCCGCGGAUAUGAUUGAAUUCAUUACCAGAAAUCUACCAGAGCAGACGCAAGUGUAUAUUCUACCGUCAAAUUGGUACACCGUUUCAUAUGUUUAUAUGGCAGUCACUAUUUUGCUCGCAGCGCAAGCGUCCCCACCCAUGGUGGAGCAUUUCUCACCCGCUCGUUUGAAGGAAAUUUUGCAUCAGGCCCGUGAUAUUAUGAAAGAUUAUGAGAAGCACGCUACGUUGGCUUCAAGAUGCAGUUCUGUUCUCAAAUUGAUCGACGAUAACAUCGAUGUGCGGGACUUUGAAACAGAGCAAAGUGCCGCAGAGGGCAUGCAGGACCAACCAAACCAUGAUUAUACAACUGCGCAGGGUGAAAAUGUAGAAAGCCCAGAACUUCGAAAGAACUCGCUUAGCCUGGCCUGGGCUGAGAAUUAUGCAUUCGACUGGAACGAUUGGCCCAUGUUCUUUGCUCAACUAGAUGAUGAGCCCGGGUCAGCUGGAGAAUGGUGA